GUAGAUUGUUUUGUAGGGUAGGUAGUACCUAUGUAAUGGUAAAGAAUGUAUAUUGAUAACUCAAAUCUAAGUCAAAUAAUUUUAUAACUGUAAACUAAAUUUAUUGAAAUAAUAUUCUAAAUAUAUAUCUAAUUUCAAGACAAUACUAGACUAAACUCAAGUUUAUUACUAGUAUUGCCCCAGUACAGUGCCACCAAACUAUUCCGUAAUAAAAAUGUGUCAUUCAAAGGUUUUGUGUUUCAAGCGUGGAAUUAUGUAUGUAGUACUUAUGAAAUGCAUGGUUUCAAGUCUUUCUAUUUGAUCAUAUAAUACAACCUAUGUCUUAUUUAUUAGUAGAUAUUCCUCAAAGUCCCCCCUAAACAAAUAAUAAAUACAUUGUAACAAAUUAUUUCAUAGAUCAUCAUUUUCUCCAUAACAUAUACAUGCAAAUAUUUGGUUAACAAAUUUUUCUGUGGCCGACUUGGAACACAAACCCUCCACCUAAUUUUCCGUCAACAUAAAUUAUCUUGUUUCUCGCUUACUCCAUCAAUACACAAGUACUUGUCAAUAUGAGAUGUCGUUAUCAAUGCGCCCGUAGUUCAUUGUUUUCGUAUAAUCAGAGGUGUCCAGUCCAGAACACUAUAUAUAGCUUUUGUUUCCAUAUUUCCGAACAUAGUCGCCUUCUGCACCAGUGUGUGUAAAGGCUUGACUCUUAACGUGUGCUCUCGCGGAACAGCGAAAUUACUUAUUCUCACGCGAAAUUAAUUAAUCCGUUCGUCAAAGUGUCUGUGAUAAUACUCGAUUUUGAAUAUGAAAGCUAUCCUGCUAACAUUCGUAGGCCUCUUGUCUGUUGCGGCCCCAGCAUUCGCGGCACAAUGCCAGUUGAACCCGGUAACCAUCCCUACGGAAUGGCUGACCCUCAAAAACUCCUGUCGGAACAGCAUGCGUCGGCAAAUCCAGGAGGAAGUCAAAGCUGCCUUGCAGUACUUGGCCAUGGGUGCUCACUUCUCUAAGGACAAUAUCAAUCGUCCCGGUUUUGCCCAACUGUUCUUCGACGCGGCUUCUGAAGAGCGUGAGCACGCAAUGAAGCUCAUUGAGUAUCUCCUGAUGAGAGGAGAACUCACUUCCGACGUCAGCUCGCUCAUACAGAUCGGCGAACCAGAACUCAAACAGUGGGUGAGCGGUGUUGAAGCCCUGGAGCAUGCGCUCAACAUGGAGACCGAAGUGACCAAGAGCAUCAGAACUGUAAUUGUUAACUGCGAGAAUGACGACUCCUAUAACCAUUACCACCUAGUAGACUAUCUUACUGGUGAGUUCUUGCAGGAGCAAUUCAAGGGUCAGCGCGACCUCGCAGGCAAGGCCUCUACCCUCAAGAAGAUGAUAGAACGCCAUGAUGCCCUUGGAGAGUUUAUGUUCGACAAGAAACUUAUGGGCAUGAACAUCUAGAUAGUAGACGGCUGUGUCAGUGUGCUGCAUUGUCAGUUAAUCUUUCGCAAUACAGGUGUACCUACGGGUAGUUACCUUUAAAUUGGUUCCCGCAACGAUAAUGUAACAAAAUAAGCACAAUGUUAACUAACCAUUUUGAGAAUAACAUAAAAGUUACAAUAAAUUGUACAUCUUGGUUUGAUUAGAA